UUUCACACUUCCUUCUCUUCUCUCACAAUCCUUUUGCUAUGGCUUCUUCAAUAGUAACCUCAAGCUUGAGGCCUUUAGCCAUGUCAGAAUCCUCCUCUCCCACCAUCUUCUCCCACCCUUCAGUCUCCACUAUCUCUUCCUCCAAAACUCGCUGCUCCCUCCUCGCCACACGCACUAACCUCCCGCUCUCAUUCUCCCGCUUCUCCCUCUCUCUCAAUUCCAAAACCCAAACCCACCUAAAGAAGUCACCUUUUGUUACCUCAGUUGCCGAGACUUCGGAUUGGUCUCAGCAAGACGGGGAAGAAGCAGACGGGAGCUCAUCAUCUGUCGCCGUCGAGGAGAGCGACCCAGAACCAGAAGCGACGUUUUCGGAAGGGGAAGGAGAUGUGAGCGAAGGCGGCGACUUUACGGAGCCGCCGGAAGAAGCGAAGCUCUUCGUUGGAAACUUGGCUUACGACGUUGAUAGCCAGGCCUUGGCUAUGCUCUUUGAGCAAGCCGGUACAGUUGAAAUCGCCGAGGUUAUAUACAAUAGGGAAACCGACCAGAGUCGUGGGUUUGGGUUUGUGACAAUGAGUACGGUUGAAGAAGCUGAGACAGCUGUUGAGAAGUUCAACCGUUAUGAUUUGAACGGACGGCUUUUGACGGUGAACAAGGCAGCUCCGAGAGGAUCACGUCCAGAACGCCAGCCUCGGGUAUACGAGCCUGCGUUCAGAGUGUAUGUUGGAAACCUACCGUGGGAUGUGGACAAUGGUCGUCUAGAACAAGUGUUCAGUGAGCAUGGCAAAGUUGUGGAAGCUAGAGUGGUUUAUGACCGUGAGACAGGUCGUUCACGUGGGUUUGGUUUUGUGACAAUGUCUAACGAGACUGAACUCAAUGAUGCCAUCGCUGCUCUUGAUGGACAGAACAUGGAGGGUAGAGCGAUCAGAGUGAAUGUAGCGGAGGAGCGUCCAAGGCUUGGUGGAUUUUAAGGACUGAGAAGAUCUCUCUCUGCCCUCUGUCUCUUUGCAUUUUGUUUAGACGAGAUUCUUACACUCUUUCGUGAUUUUUUUUUGGGGUCAGAGUUCCGAAUGCGAAGCUUCUUCUAAGUUCUAAUGUAAUUUUGUAUCAUUAUUUCUCCUUGACGGUCUAUCCACAUUUCUCUGUCAUUAUUCCUUGUCAGUGUUUUAAAUAUUAGCAACAAGGAGCCU